CUUCAGUUUAUUAUUAUAACUUAAUACGACGAACAAACAACCAGACUCAGUCAAUUCUGAAACCCUAAUUCCCCAAAUUCACUUCAAAUUCUCGCACAAACAACUCCAGAUCUGCAAUCACACAUUCCAAUUCAUCAUGUAACAACGAAUCAUCCACCUAAUUGAAUCCGUUUCACACACUUUCAUCGAUCAAGCUAUCAGUUGAAGUAACAUUUGUGAGUUUUGUUCGAAUCCGAGGGCGGCAGGGGACGGCGGAGAUGGAGUUUAGCUCAGGCGGCGGUGGCGGAAGCGGCGGCAAUGACGUGGAGCUGUUGUCGAAGACGUUACAGGUGGAGCAUAAGCUGUUUUACUUUGAUCUGAAGGAGAAUCCACGUGGACGUUACUUGAAGAUAUCGGAGAAGACGUCGGCCACGAGGUCAACGAUUAUUGUGCCGUUUAACGGAAUCGCCUGGUUCUUUGAUAUUUUUAAUUAUUAUGUUACUUCUGAUGAUCAGGAUGUUUCUAGCAAGGAGUUGCAGCUAGACAGCAAGGUGUUUUAUUUUGAUAUCGGGGAGAACCGGAGGGGUCGGUUUCUGAAGGUAUCUGAAGCUUCAGUUAGUAGAAACCGCAGUACAAUAAUCGUACCUGCAGGAAGCAACAGAGAUGAAGGGUGGACUGCAUUUAGAAAUAUAUUGGAAGAGAUAAACGAAACAUCUAAGCUUUUUGUCUCCUCCAAUCAGCAAAAUUCUGAAGGUAUCACCCAGGAGCGACUAGUUGGUCUGUCUGACGAUGUCGGUGCUGGCUUUAUUGCCGGAAACAGUUCUCAGUCUGCCCCUAUAGCAACAUCUGACUUGAACUUAGGAGACAGGUCAACCACAUUUGACUUGCCGCCUUCAUCUUCUGACGAAAGUGGCGGUUUUGGGGUCUCCAAAGUGAUCCGGGCUGAUCAGAAGAGGUUCUUCUUUGAUCUUGGAAGCAAUAACCGGGGCCAUUACUUGAGAAUAUCUGAGGUUGCAGGUUCUGACAGGUCAUCCAUCAUUCUCCCCUUAUCUGGACUGAAGCAGUUUCACGAAAUGGUCGGCCACUUUGUGGAGAUAACCAAAGACCGCAUCGAAGGAAUGACUGGCGCGAACGUGCGAAACGUGGACCCUCCUCAAAGAUAGUCUCGGCUUUGACUCUUUGACUAUCCAAGUUGCAAAAAAUGGUAACCUGCUUUCAUUUUGUGUAUAGACCAACCGCGUGUGUGCGUGCCAAGGGUUAAAUUUCUUAUCCUUUCUUUAUCGUUCAUUGAAAUCUGAAUAAUCCUGGUGAUGCUAAGCUUUAUUUCCUCAUAGGAAAUAACCAACAGAAUAAGCAAGCAGAGCUAGCUAUCUAUCUAUCCUUUUUAUUUUUCUUUUUUACUUUAUUACAUUGUGAAGGAUUGAUUCUAUUAGUGUUUGUUGGCCUGAAUGGGAAUUUGGAUCAUAUUGUGUUUGGCCAUUUGUUUGCUUUUGUUCAUAUAGUGUUUGUGGAA